GGGAACUGUCGUGUUCAUAAUAUUCCUCUAUUUACACGCUUUCUGCAUUGUUCCUCUCGGACGGCUGUCACGCAGCUCUCAUUGCAGUGCUAGACAUGGGUACCAUAUUCAAAGUGAGCUUGCUCUUGUUGUUCCUUCUUUCACCUACUGCAUAUCCUGCUUCUACUGGUGGAUUGGUCAGAGUUGGACUUAAAAAGAGGAAAGUCAAUAUACUGAACCACCCUGGUGAACAUGCCGGCUCUAAUGAUUCGAAUGCUAGAAGAAAGUAUGGUGUCCGUGGUAAUUUCAGGGAUUCAGACGGUGACGUUAUUGCUCUAAAGAACUACAUGGAUGCUCAGUACUUUGGUGAGAUUGGUAUUGGCACUCCACCCCAAAAGUUCACAGUGAUCUUUGACACUGGAAGUUCUAAUCUGUGGGUGCCUUCUUCAAAGUGCUACUUCUCAGUAGCUUGCCUUUUUCACUCAAAGUAUAGGUCUAGCCAUUCAACUACCUAUAAGAAAAAUGGGAAAUCUGCUGCAAUUCAAUAUGGAACUGGCUCUAUCUCUGGUUUCUUUAGCCAAGAUUCUGUCAAACUUGGUGAUCUUGUUGUUAAAGAGCAGGAUUUUAUAGAGGCAACCAAAGAGCCUGGCAUCACUUUCUUGGCAGCCAAGUUUGAUGGUAUACUUGGCCUUGGGUUUCAAGAGAUCUCUGUUGGGGAUGCUGUCCCUGUUUGGUACACCAUGCUGAACCAAGGUCUUGUUCAAGAACCUGUAUUUUCAUUUUGGCUUAAUCGCAAUGCUGAUGAGCAGGAAGGGGGUGAACUUGUGUUUGGUGGGGUUGAUCCUAAUCAUUUCAAGGGUGAACACACAUAUGUCCCUGUGACUCAAAAGGGCUAUUGGCAGUUUGAAAUGGGUGAUGUCCUGAUUGGUGACAAAACAACUGGAUUUUGCGCCAGUGGUUGUGCAGCAAUUGCUGAUUCUGGAACCUCUUUGUUGGCUGGUCCCACGACGAUUGUCACUCAAAUCAAUCAAGCCAUUGGGGCUGCGGGGGUUAUGAGCCAGCAAUGCAAGUCAUUGGUUGAUCAGUACGGAAAGAGUAUGAUUGAGAUGCUGUUAUCUGAGGAGCAACCUGAGAAAAUCUGCUCCCAAAUGAAGCUAUGUUCUUUUGAUGGUUCUCAUGAUACUAGCAUGAUAAUUGAGAGUGUGGUUGACAAGAGUAAGGGAAAAUCUUCUGGAUUACACGAUGAGAUGUGUACCAUGUGCCAGAUGGCAGUUGUUUGGAUGCAAAACCAGAUCAGGCAAAACGAGACUGAAGAAAACAUAAUUAACUACGUUGAUAAGCUGUGUGAGCGGUUGCCAAGUCCAAUGGGAGAGUCUGCAGUCGACUGUAGCAGUCUUUCCUCCAUGCCCAAUAUUGCCUUCACUAUCGGUGGUAAAACCUUUAACCUCUCCCCCGAACAGUAUGUCCUGAAAGUUGGGGAAGGAGCAACAGCACAAUGCAUAAGUGGAUUCACCGCCAUGGAUGUGGCACCUCCUCGUGGACCUCUAUGGAUCUUGGGAGAUGUUUUUAUGGGUCAAUACCAUACGGUGUUUGACUAUGGUAACUUACGAGUUGGGUUUGCAGAAGCAGCUUGAGAUCUCUCUCUCUCUCUCUCUCUCUCUCUCUCUCUUUAUCUGCGUAUUACUACUAUUACUGCUACUUGUUUUCUGUAAGUAAUGUGGCAAUAAAUGUAUGGCAUUAUAUGAGUUAUGGAGCAGGUACAUGACUUAAGCUGAUGUUUAUAUAUACAAGGGUCUCUUUCAUUCCUUA